AUGCCUCGAACCAGCAUUGAAUCCGACGCAGCUAGUAACAUGAGCCUGGACGACGGAACACAACGCUCGACAAGCGUGUCAAUGGACGAUCCUGAUGUUCGCCUGGCUGCUGAAGCUCUAUCUGGUCUCGGUAAUCCUGACUUUGCGCGUUCACCCAAGAAUCGGCCAUCGGCCUCAAAGCCCAGCCCUGCACGCACCUCUACAUCUUCAAACAAGGACCUUGAGCCGUUGUUGGACCUUCUGGUCGAUGCCCAUCCUUGGGUCGGAAACACAGUAAACGGCAGUCUGUCCGCUUAUAAUGCGACCAAGAACUUCUCACCCCGGAUUGUCAGAUACGGAGUCCAUCUCGUCGAGCGCAAUGUUGGCUCUCCUGUUGCCAGUACCGUCAGUAACAUCGGCAGACGCACCGGUGUCGAGGGAGGUAUUAGACGCUAUCUUGAUAGCCGUAGGCCCAGCUCACCUGCCAUGGAUCCUACUCAUGGUAGCAAGCGUCGCCGAGUCACCUCGGAUGAUAUGGAGAUCGACCGUAACCCCCAGGAGCCUGGUCUCCAAGAUUCUCAGGAGUUCUUACCAGCGUACCAGGCCAACAAACCGCCUUCAUAUAGGGAAGAAGUCAGCCCUCAUGGAUCAGAAAGAAGUAGAGCCUUGGAAAGACCUCCUAUCAACAGAAGCUGGUCAACCAAGAUAUUCAUUUCGACUUCUGCUCUUGGUGUCGCUCUUAGCGAUUCUUCCCUUCGAAGUCUCCAGUAUUGCGUUAAGCUUCUCUCAUCGGCCACGGAGCACGUUGAGAGUGUAAUGAAUGCGUUGAAGAUGGUCCUACAUGAGUACGACCAGUCGCAAGAAGUGUCACAACAAGACCGAGCUAGGCGUGAAAAAGAGACGGAAGCAGGCAUCACCAUUGAAAUCAAAUCCGGAAACGAGCGUGAUCAAUCAACGGAAAUGCUUGCAAGACGUAUCAAGUCUCUGUGCGAUGAUAUCUGGCAUACCAUCCAAACUGUUGUCAAUUCUGUCUCGACCUACGCUGGAGGCGCUCUCCCUGAGAACGCCCGCAACAUUGUCAAGGGACAAUUGCUUUCUAUUCCUCAAAGAUGGCGAUGCGCCACACAAUCGGCAGAAGCAGCAUCCCCCUCGCAGUCAGCCACCAAGGCCGAUGGCGGCGAGGAUGGCAAGGCCAUCGAGGGUCAGAAUGCAGACGAGAACACACGCAAAGCAGCACAUCGUAUGAUUGCCUUCGCCACCGAGGGCCUCGACAUGAUGGCUCAAGUCAACAAUGUCGUCGGUAUCACAUUGCAAAGUGCCGAGAAUUGGCUGCAAAGCCUUGGCAGAAAUAACCGCGAGGAGGAGAUGAUGGAUGCUGACGACCCAAGAGAGUCGGCGGCCGAGUAA